AAAUCGCCUAGUCCUGAUGAUAAGUGAAGGUACGGCGCUCGUACUUCGCUUUUUCUGACACUUCUCCCCCCAACUCCACUUGAUCGGCGGGUAUUCAUCUUCACCGACCGCCUCCUGAAGCCCGGCCUCCCCUGCGUUUAUGCCUUGCACUUGCAACGUUUUACGAAUUUAAGAAGAAUACUCAAUUGAAUCUGGAAUCGGAAUCAGAAUAUAUACAACUCCUUUAGGUUUAGUCGUCUCCAGGUUUAGUUUCUGGGGUCUGAAGAUCUUUAGGAGGAGAAAAGUAUAAUGGGAGUUAAAGUAGCACCAACGUGUUUUCAUUGGUCACAGCCUUCGUUUCCUCACUCCCCAUCUUCUUCACAGACGUUGGCUUCUGCAAUUUCUUCUCCUUCAUCAAAACGGCGAAGUUUCAGCAUGUGCCGAUACGUAGGACGAUCAAAUUUUCUUGGAAACUCCUGCUCUAACCUCUAUAGGACGGGAUCUUGGGAACAAGAACAAAAAUCUAAACCACGUUUUAUUAGAAGGGUUUGCAGUGCCACUCUCGAUUCCUUUUCAGACGAGGAAUUUUCCAAAAAAAUUCAGGAGUUGGCGUUGAGAUUCCAAUUAUCUGAUGAUGAUGAUGAUGAACAAGCUGAAGAGGCUGAAAAUCGGCCUGAAAGCAGCACCCGAGAAAGUUAUGAGAGUAGAAAUGGUGACGCUGUACUUUUAGAAGAUCAAUCCUUUCAUCCUCUGGAGCCCCCCUAUUGGCCUGAAAGAGAGGAGAUAAUUCCUGCUAGUAUAGAGCGGAAGGCCAACAGUGUAGAGCUCCCUCUUUCGCUUAGGAUUAUAAAGAGGAAAAAACAAUGGGAAGAGGGGUUUAGAGAAGUUGGUGAAUCCGCCUAUUGUUCUGUGAAGAAGGCCUUUUCAUCGAUGGUGUUUAUAAUUCGAGAACUUCAGAGUUAUACUUUACAGAUGAGGGAAUUGCUCUUUUACGAGGAUUUACAAGGGAUUUUGGUGAGAGUUCAGAAGGAAAUGCAUGCCUCUUUUGUGUGGUUGUUUCAGCAAGUGUUUUCGCAUACACCAACUUUAAUGGUGUAUGUGAUGAUUUUGCUUGCGAAUUAUAGUGUUCAUUCAAUGGCUAACAAUACUGCCUUAGCUGCCACCCCCCAUCCCCAGGUUUGUGCUGCUUCCGCCGAAUCUGUUUCUGAGGUUGGAGAUCAAAGCCAUGGAAAGAGUAAGUUUGAUUCUUCGUUUAUUAAAUCAUUUUCGGUGUCUUCUUCGAGUGGAAAGACUACUUCAAUUGGUGGAAGUAAUGGUGGUGGUGGAAAACAUAGGCCGGCUGCUAGUAGUACAGAUGGGGAUGGAAGGUUUGAUAGGAUGUCGUCCGAUUAUCAUAAGACAAUUGUUCCUGAUGGGGUGUCAUCUGUUGGCAACCCUUCAAGGACUAGUGAAGAAGUUUCAGUUUCUGGACAGGUGACUGGAGAAGAAGAGAUGAGAUUGUGGAAUUCUAUGGUGGAAGAAGCUUCCAAAAUGCAGUCUGCAUCUAGAGAUGAAGCUUUGGAUCAUGAGACAAUGCAGAGAUUUGUUUCCCCGGUCAAUGCAAAGAUUGAAUCGGACGACUAUGCAGAUUACUUCAGAACAGAGUUGCUAUAUCAGACGGGACUGGCACAAGAGCCCAACAAUUCUCUUUUGCUAGCCAACUAUGCUCAAUUUCUUUACUUGGUCAUUCGAGAUUAUGACAGGGCAGAGGAAUUUUUUAAGAGGGCAGCAAAAGUGGAGCCCAAGGAUGCAGAGGCACUGAAUAAAUAUGCAAGCUUCCUUUGGCAAGUGAGGAAAGACCUAUGGGCUGCCGAAGAGACCUAUCUAGAAGCCAUAUCUGCAGACCCCAGCAACUCAUAUUAUGCAGCUAACUAUGCCCAUUUCCUCUGGAGUACUGGUGGGGAGGAUACUUGUUUUCCUCUUAAUUCUCCUGAUACUGAGAAUGAUGCAUAAUUCACUUGUGGGAUAAAAGAAAAGGAAAAAUGAGAAAACACGAGACGUAGAGGAGAUGAUGCUUCCUACGUCAUAUUUUUUUGUCGAUUAGCAUACCUGAAAUUUUUUUUUUUUUUUUAAUAAUAAAACUAGCCAAGGGGAAAAGAGAGGGAAACUUUCCUUCUGGAUAUUUCUUCUUUUCUUUGAGCAUAUCUUGACUUUUCUGUUGCUUCUUUCUUUAGAUAUUUUUCAGUUCAAUUUGGGGUGGAGGAAUUGUUGGGAUGGGUGAUAAACUGGACUAGAUUGUUUGCCUCAUGUCCUGUCAGGCUACUUGCUUCUUGCUCGUCAGCUUUCGUCUUUAAAGAUACCCCCGCACCGAAGACUUGGAAAUUCGGUGAUUUAUUUUUGUUCUGCACUGUUGCACAGAGUAGUUAUGUUUUUCUUCUUCUUCUUCUUCUUUUUGGGGUAGAAUGUCAAUCAACGCUUGCAUUUUGUGACACAACCACAUGGCCAAUUGUAAUUAAACUUUUGUCACUAUAUAAUUGCCAUUUUUUGAAAUGAUCCUAUGUGAUCAUGGACGCUUAAUUGUAAUGUUGUGAAAAGGAGAGAAAGGUGUCUAUGCU